AGGCGUCACGUGACGAGGGCCGCCGCCUAGGGGGGAGGCGUCACGUGACGGGGGCGGGAGCUGAGUUGGAGGAAGGUAGAGUUCUGUAUGAUUCGUGGCUAUCCUAGAGGCUGUGAGACCACAUCAGGCCGAGGCAGAGUUGAACGGGAGUUGGGCGGCAUCCAGCGCUAGCCUCAUCAUGGGUAUUCAGGAACUUUUCCGAUCCUCCAAUUUCCGACGGAUUUGGGGGUCUAUUCUGGUGAAUCUCACCCAGAGAUUCCCAGUUGCCCUGCGCUGGAAGCAUUCCGGAGGAGGCCCCUACAAAGCUGUGAUCUUCGACAUGGGUGGGGUUCUUGUACCAUCUCCACUUGUAGUGGCUGCAGAAUGGGAGGCACAGAAUCAUAUCCCUUCUGGAACAAUCGGCAAGGCCUUAAUCACUGGAGGGGAGAACAGGCCCUGGAUGAAAUACAUGAGAGGAGAGAUGACAGCAGCUGCAUUUUUGCAAGAAUUUGGGAGGCAGUGCUCUGAGAUGACUGAUUCAGCUGUGCCGGUGGAUUCGUUUCUCUCCCUGCUUACCAAUGAAAAGACUGCAAAACAGUUCUCAGUGAUGACGGAAGCAAUACGUCGAAUUCGGGCAAAGGGCUUCAAGACUGCGGUGCUCAGUAAUAAUUUUUAUUUGCCUAGUGGGGACAGCUUUUUGCCUCUGGAUCGGAAACAGUUCGAUGUGAUUGUUGAAUCCUGUCGGGAGGGGAUUUGUAAGCCAGAUCCCCUCAUUUACAAACUCUGCUUGGAGCGACUGGGUGUGGAGCCGGCAGAAUCCAUUUUUCUUGAUGAUCUUGGGCAAAACAUAAAAGCGGCAGCCCAGCUUGGCAUCCACACGGUUAAGGUGGGUGAUCCAGAAACUGCUCUGAAGGAGUUAGAAACUUACUUGGGUUUUCCUUUGCAAGAGAACAUUCCGAACACUUGCUCUGUGAAGAAGGCGAUGGAAAUUCCAAGAGAUUCUCUAGCGCAAUACCUCAAAAACCUGCUGGGAAGCCAAACCACAGGUCCCCUGGAACUUCGCCAGUUCAGUCAGGGACAGUCGAACCUAACUUACUACGUCAGAUUUGCCGAUCGUCGCUUGGUCCUGAGGAAGAAGCCCCCAGGCAAACGUCUUCCAUCUGCCCAUACUGUAGUGAGAGAAUACAGGAUAAUGAAGGCUCUUGCUGACACUGGAGUUCCUGUCCCCAAGGUUCUUGCCCUUUGUGAAGAUUCAAGUGUCAUUGGCUCCCCAUUCUACCUGAUGGAGUACUGUUCUGGGCAGAUCUACAAAGACCCAUCUCUGCCAGGAAUGGAGCCAAGUCAGCGACAGGCUAUCUAUGCUGCCAUGAACAAAGUCUUGUGCAAACUUCAUAGCAUUGACAUCAAAGCAGCAGGACUGGAAGACUAUGGAAAGCCUGGGGACUAUUUCCAGCAUCAGGUUCAAACCAGGAUUAAGCAGUAUCGAGCCACAGAAACCCACACUAUCCCAUCCAUGGAGAGGCUUAUUGAAUGGCUCCCACUUCAUCUCCCCAGGACAGAGAAGGCCACAGUGGUUCAUGGAGAUUUCAGGUUGAACAACUUGAUCUUUCAUCCUGAGAAAGCAGAAGUGCUCUGUGUCCUUGAUUGGGAACUUUCUACGUUAGGAGACCCCCUCGCUGAUGUGGCCUAUAACUGUCUGGCUCACUAUUUGCCCCCUAAUUUUCACAUUCUGAAAGGUUUGAGCGAUUGUGAUUUAACUCAGCAAGGAAUUCCCACUGCAGAGGAAUAUUUCAGAAUGUAUUGUCUAAACAGGGGACUCCCUCCCGUUGAAAACUGGAACUUCUACAUGGCCUUUUCCUCUUUCCAUGUGGCCACAAUCCUGCAGGACGUGUACAAACGUUCACUCACAGGGCAAGCAAGCUCCUCAGCAGCCGAACAAAGUGGGAAGAAGGCCGAGUUCAUGUCAAACUUAGGAUGGGAUUUCGCAGUCAAAGAAGGGUUCCGACUCUUCAGAGACCUGCCAGCAACCAAACCUCUCGCCAGAUCUUACUGUACCUGGGCCAGACCCAACCUUUUGCUAAGCGCAAAUGGAACAAGGAGAAGCUGUGCCAAAUUUUCAGAGCCUCCAGAGACUCAUGGUAUCCUAGUUAUCUCUCCAGAAACUCUUUCCACACCAGUCCAGAAACUUGAUCACAAGCUGAAGCAACUCGUUGAGGACUGUAUCUAUCCUGUUGAGCAGGAACCAAGAAAUCAUCAGAUUUCGGAGAGGAGAUGGGCGCUACCUUCCCUGAUGGAAGAACUCAAGGAUUUUGGAGCUGCGGGCGGCUGCCAUUAUCCCCUGGCCCAGUUUUUGGCUUGGGCUCGAGCACUUCUGUUUGCUGAUGGACCCGAUGGAGUUCACAGGGCCACAGUGGCAAAGGUGGAGCUGAAGUAUUAGAACUACAGGCUCUGAAAUCACAACACUGAGGUCCGGCAAUGUGUUGCUGGGCCCGAAUGCUCUGUAGCUCUGUAAUUGAAAAGAACAUAGUUUGAAAUGCAUGGUAUGAUUUUUAGGGGAAUUUUGGUGAUCACUCUCUCUCCUACCACCCCUUGCCCUAAUCUCAAAAGCUCUUGGCUGCUGAGUCCUGAGACAGUCUUGAUGAAAUCGACUUUUUUGCCAUACACAGCAGAAACCUCUGUAAGUAGCACAAAAAGGCUGACAUUUACACGGGGGGAAAAAACAGAAGGGGGGAAAAAAAGAAGAGACUAGCCUUCAUUCUAUGCCACUAAGACACAAAGACAGAAAGCUGGCCUUGAUGGUCUUUUGUCUGAGAUGCUAAUAGAGAGAGGGAAAAAGGCCUCAAAAGGUCUGCUCCCAGACCCAUCACCUGCCCUCCCAAAUUACCAGUUUCCUCAGUGGAGUUUAGUGUGAAACAGGAACAAAUUCCCCAUUUUAUAUAUAGAAAGCUGGCCUUGAGGCUAUGCGUCUAGAUGACGAUCUUGAAUUUCUAAAUCAUGUCUGGCCGUGGUAUCUGAAUGCUCUGAGGGUUGCUUUUCAGACACCAGGCCUGAGGAAGAACUAGGGGAAAAAAAGCCACUUUGUGUUGUUUAGUGCUGCCCUCUUCUGCCAAGGAAGAAGUGUUAAUUAUUUCUAAGGGAAAUAUCUCCCCAAGGGCACCUUUGCCAUCCUCCCCAGCCUUUGGAAAGAGGAUGAUGGUGGUUGGCUGCUAGGGAAAGUGACACGUAGAUCCUGGGGGAAUGGACGGUAUUCUCAGAAACCAAAGUCUGGGAAGAUCUUGGAAAACUGUAAUGAAAAAGAAUCGUUGAGUUGCGAGCAUCCUUUUGUUGCUAUGAUGUUGCAUUUAGACGAAAAAACUUUCUUGCAUUAACUUGAGGUGGGUUGGGAAAUAUCAAAAGAGGUCUUGAUGAUUUAAUGAUAUUUCUUUGCCAUUUUGACUUGCAAUAAAAUGUUAGAGCUACAUCA